AUGAGAAGCGCACAAAUGGCUCAAAAAGCGCAGUUGGCACCUCAAUUAGCGGCUGCUGCACCAGUUCCUAUGGACCCUUAUCAGCAAUAUCUUCAAUAUCAAAUGUACCAACAAAUGGAGAUGCCGCCUCAAGCAGCAGCACCCUACUCUCCAUUUGGCGUAUAUGGUCCAAUAUAUAGAGGUCAAGGUCCUGUCGCAGCCCCACCUUUCCAAGCGGUCCGUGCUGCACCGAUACAGUACCACCCAAUGGCCUACUAUCAUCACCCUCAAUCCGUUCAACCCCCAAUUCGUAAAAAAUCGGCAAUGACCUAA